AUGGCACCGAAAACAGGAGAAAGUAUCAAUGACAGUCUAUCACAAAAUAAUGACGCUACUUCAGCGAGCGACCAACAGGAAAACAUAUGGUCCUCAAUUCUCAAAAGUGUAGCUUCUUCGAAAAUGGUUCCUACCAAAAAUUUAUUGAUUUUAGGUGAUAGAGAAUCUGGAAAGUCCACUCUCAUCAGACACCUUAAGGGAGAAGAGGAUGAAGACGUUUAUGAAGUUCCAGUAACUAAUGAUAGUGUUUCAAAGAGUGUUGGUACCAGCACAGAUGACGUUUUAAAGAAAUCUUCUAACAACGACUUGGCAUUAAGCUAUACCUUUGUUGAAAUAAAAGAUGACGAAGCGGAAGAUACGCUUGCUCGUCUUGGCUUAUAUCAAUUGGGAGGCUCUCAAGAAGCAUAUCAACCUCUUCUUCGUUUCUCCCUUAAUUCCACUACCCUUCCAGACUCCCUUGUGGUAAUUGUUUUAGAUUGGGCACGCCCUUGGAGUUUUAUUGAGAAUUUACAACAAUGGAUUAAAUUUGUUGAGAAUGGUAUUGAAUAUAUCAAAAGUGAGGGUGCAAGUGGGUCUAAGGAUGGAUGGACUAAGGGAAAAGUCAUUGUUGAUGAAUUGAAGGAAGCUCUUGAGCAUUUUGUGAGGAAUUAUGACGGAUCAGAUGCAACCACUACGAAUGGAACAUCUGAAGACGAAGAAGAAGUUACACUGCCUUUGGGCCCCGGCACUCUAACUACAAAUUUGGGUGUACCAUUGGUGGUAAUCUGUACUAAGUCUGACAAAGUCUGUGAGAUAGAUUAUAAAGAAGAACAAUUUGAUUUCAUACAGCAAUGUUUGAGAACUAUUUGUCUCAAAUAUGGUGCUGCGCUCUUUUAUACAACCACUCGAAAACCAGAGACUUUCACUAAUUUACGCAAGUAUAUUCUUCAUCGACUUCUUGGAUCUAAGGUUUCCUCCGGUGAUACGAAAUCUUCCUAUGCUUUUAAUGUCGAGCCAACAUUUGUUGAGCGUGAAACAGUGUUAAUUCCCACCGGUUGGGAUUCUUGGGAAAAGAUUAAAGUCAUGGGAAAGGGAUUUAAUUUUGAUGGAUUGCUUCAAGGAUGGGAUAUAGAUGUUACUGGCCGAACUGAAGUACACGAAGGGACCGAAGAAGUUGUCAGUGCCAAAAAGAUAUUCGAAGAUGUUGCUGAUUGUCUUGAAAAUGACAAGCCGCUUAGUGGUCCAACACUUAUUGAAGCCGAAGACGAGCAAGUAUUCUUUGCUCGCCACGUUGAAACUUUACUGAAAGCUAAUAAUGAGCGUCCACCGUCAGUUGUUGGACCAAUGAGCGCUCCUCAAUGCACUUAUGGAAAUUUCGGAGACCUUCCAGAUCUCGAUAAUAUUGCUCCAGCUCCAAGUCUGCCCAGUGGGCCUAACAAACCAACCAGAACCAAGUCUGUUCCUCCGACCUCAUCUCCACCUUCUUCUCAAGUUUCAACUUCCGCACCGAAUUCUUCAAAUGUGGCGAUCUCACCAACACCUACCCAAAACGAGGUUCUCGCGAACUUCUUCCAAGCUUUGCUUACCAAGAAAGGUAACGCAACCCAAACAUCCCCUAACUCAGGGACGACAUCACAGGUGGAAAAGGAAUUAGCUAAUUUAAAGAUAUCUAAUAAUACCGCUGUUAGCAGUACGGCAG